CUGUUCGGAGCGGAUCACGUUCCUGGUUCUUACGCUUUCCUUUCAGUAUCGUUUACGGAGAAAUCUAAUUUUCCACACACAUCUCUGAUAUUGACAAGGCGUGGCUCCACAAGACUAAACAAGCAAAUAACUAGUUCUUUAACGGUUCGCCCCGGGGUGAGCCUUCUAGCUAGCUAGCCUUCUAUCCUUCGUGAUGUCGGUGGUGCUUCAGAGCAACUCAGGCUGGGUUUUGGACUCCCAGUCGCUCAUUGACCGAGGCUAUGCGAGGUGCAUCACAUGGACAGGGCAUCACAAGUCACAUGUCAAAUGCAAUUUUAAAAGACAGUGUUUUCACAUAUUAAAGAGUCAUUACGACAUGAGUGGGAGAGUUGACGGAGGACACACUGUUAUGACGCAGAAAACAGAGAAAGCCGCAAAGAAGCGGAAACGAAAACACGGUGAGCUCAACCAAGGAGAAAUUGAUGCAAAGGCUUUCCAUGAAAAGAUCAGGAGCGUUAUUCUGGAGGGAACCAAGUCCUUAGUGGACUCUGCCCAGUCACUUGGAUACCUGAGUGGAGAGACAGAAACGUCCAAAGAUCCUCUUCCCUCCCAGGACUGCAGACUGGCAGCACUCUGCGAGAUGGCUAAAGAGCUCCCUCUGGUGGCCGAAGAAGAGCAGGAGUGGACGCAGUCACUUCUGACAGAGGAAGGCGGUGCUUCACAUGUCGACCUGUUCUCCCAGGUGACGGAGAACAGCGAGGCCUGGGCAGCAGUGGUUCCACUGAUGGGAGAGGAGUAUAUAAUACCUCAUAACACUGCAUUCCUCCUUUCUGACUUCACAAGAAUACAACCACUGGUACAAUGUGAGUGUAAUGAAAAAAAAAAGGAAUACAGCUCUUUGCCUUCAUCCCAGCUGAAACGCCUUCCCGUCCCCCUCCUGGGAUCUCCAGGCUGCUUGGUGGUCACCUGGGUAACAAACAGGCCCAGCCACCUCCGAUUUGUCCGUGACGAGCUGUACCCACACUGGGGUGUAGAAGUUGUCGCUGAAUGGUUCUGGGUCAAGGUCACCACAUCGGGGGAGUUUGUGUUUCCUCUAGAUUCACCACACAAGAAGCCAUAUGAAGUGCUGGUGCUGGGUCGGUACCGUCCUGCCAACGACCACACGAGCCCUUUACAAACCGCAAAUGUUCCAGUGGAAGAUAAACGUUUGAUUGUGAGCGUCCCUUCGGCCUUGCACUCCCAGAAGCCAUCACUGUCAGAGGUGCUGAAGUUGUAUGUUGGAGCUGAAGCCAAGUGUUUGGAGCUGUUUGCGCGGAGUCUUCAGCCCGGGUGGACCAGCUGGGGAAACGAGGUGCUGAAAUUUCAGCACAUCAGCUACUUCGACCUGGAACCUGCAGACACCUCUAAAGCCGAGGCCACAGAAGAUGCUGCGGACAACCCUGCAGAAACAUGACUGCAGUUAUCCUGAGAAAAGUGACUCUUACUGCAUCCAGCCUUCCUAGCAAUUGAGCAAAUGGCCAAAGUUCAACACCUGUCGGCUGUUUUUUUUUCUUUUAACUUUGUUUUUAAUAAAGAUUUUUGCUGCUCCUGC